AUGAAACGUGCACAUUUGACUGUUGUAAAAAAUGAUUGGAAAAAGUUCAUUGACUAUCGCCUGAAUGAAGAAACGCAGAAAAAGUGUAAACAGAACACUUUAAAUCAGAGCAAGCAACUUUACACACAUACUGGGGGCUCCAAAACCUUUGCAAGAAAAAAAGACGAAGUGGAGAGAGAGCAAGGAAGGCCCAUUGGUAGAGGAGAGUUGUUUAUUAUGACUCAUAAGAAAAGAGAUGGCUCGUAUAUCCACCCCGAUGCACGUGUUGUUAGUGAAGCAAUUGCGAAUGUUGAGAGGCAGGAUGGAUCCUCUAAGCACCUUUCACAGAAUGACUCGCUAGCACAAGUUCUCGGAAAGGAGCACCCAGGACGAGUUCGUGCCCUAGGUGCUGGACCAUGUCCCACCCAAGUCUUUGGUAACGCUGCUGGACAACCGUCAGGUUCUGCAAAGUCCAAUGCAGAGGAUAAGAGGAUGAUUGUAGAAUUGACGGCUAAGUUAGAAGAAGAGCGGCGGUUUGUAACCGCCGCAAAUUGGGUAAUAGCAAUUUUCCUUCACAUACUGCGGCGGUUAUUAACCGCCGCCAAACCUAAAUGGCAUUUUGCGGCGGUUAUUCCAGCGGUUGACUAA